GCUCUCUCUCCGUCUGAUCAGCGCAGGCUGUGCGGGGCUCCCUACGGGAUCAGAGCGCUCCCCCGCCGGGACUCCACUCCUCACAUCCUCCUGCUGGGACUCAGCUACAUUUCCAGCCAAGCCUGGCUUUAUUAUGUGUGUCUGCACUGCAGCCCCAGCAGCAAGAUCAGGAGGAGGAAAAAGAGCCAGGACAAAGAAAAGAGAGGCUGGCUGGCGAGAGCCGCUCAAGAAAAUUAAGAGCCAAGGAAGCGGCGGCGGCUGCGGCGGCUGCGGCGGCGGGAGCAGCGAUGAAGGCAGGCGGAUCAGGGCCACCACCUCGGCGCGAUUAACACAUGGAGGCAGCUAGCGAGCCCUGCAUCCAUGCCAAGAAACAUUUGCCUUGUUUUCAGAAGUGCGUUUGUGCGGGAGGAGGAGGAGGUGGUGGUGGUGGAGGCGGAGGCGGCGAAGGAGGACACCAGCCCGGACCGGCGGCCAGGCGCAGGGAAGGACGCGGCUCCCGAGCCACGCUGAGCUUGUGAAAAGACCCACAAAAGAGAGAGAGAGAAGGGAAAGAGGAAGGAGGGGGGGGGGGAGAGAGAGGAAUCCAACCUCACACUCCUUGAUAUAUAUUUUUUAAUUGACAGAAAGCAUCCUUCCCCAAAUAUUGUGCAUUGUUGGCCGCCCCUCUUUCGGGGAAAGCGAGCAAAACCUUUUAUUGCGAAGGAGGUCAGGGGGGAUUAAAAGCAGAGGGAGGGGGGGAAGCAGCCCAGAAAAGGAGGAGGAGGGAGAGAGCGGGGUACAUUAGACCCAAGGGGGAGGAAGAUACAGGGAGUUUUUUUUUAAUGCAACCAGGUUGCUGGAAGGGGGAGAGAGAGAGAAUUAAAUAAACCCAAAGCUGCCACCUUCUCCCCCACCUCGUAUUUCGUUGUUGCCGCUGACCCCUUUUCCGCCCCCCUCGAGCGCAAGAUCGCGCUUGUUUUGCAAAUGGGUUGCGUCGCUUUAGAAAGUCUGAACGGCGCUUAAAGAAAAAGAGAGUUGGUGGUGGGGAAGCCGGAGAAACUUUAAAUGAGGACACGCGAAGAGGAGGAGCAGUAAAGAGAGGGGUGAAAAAAAACAGGGGGGGGAAUCCCCCGAAACGUUUAAAUCGGUGUUUUUAAAAUUGUAUUUAUUGAUUUGCACCACGUCGCGUGCGCGCGUUUUUAUUUUACUCAAUUGCAUUUGAGAAAGCAGCGGGUUGUUGUUUGGGGGGGGGGCAAAGAGGGUCUCUGGCCCGGGAAAGGUCGAGGUCUUUGGGUGCCCGAAGUGGGUGUUUCUAAAAAGAAAAGAAAAGAGAGAGAAAAAAGAAGGGACUCAGAAGUUGCCGCAUUGCAACAGGCAAAGAAGUGAGAAAUCAAAUAAUCGAUCCGGGCGCUGCUGCCGCCGCCGCCGCCACCGCUUCGCCUCUUCCAGGAGCCGCCAGCAAAGUUUCAAGUGGGAGAAGGAGGAAGAGGAGGGGGGUGGGAAGGAGAGGGAAAGGAAAAGAGGGAGGGGGGAAGGAAGACGAGAAGGAGAGGAGGAGGAGGAGGAAGGAAGAAAAAAAAGAGAGGAGAAAAUCUCGGAGCUGGAAAUGUCCAGAAGGAAGCAAGCCAAGCCGCGCUCGGUGAAAGUUGAAGAAGGCGAGUCAUCGGAUUUCACUUUGAACUGGGACUCGUCCGUGACCCAAUCAGGAGGUCUUGGAGGGGAACUGGAGAAUGAUACGAGGGACAGCCGGGCCUUGGAAGAGAGGAACAGCAUUACAAGCCAGGAAGAGAGAAAUGAGGAAGAUGAAGACAUGGAGGACGAGUCAAUUUACACCUGCGAUAACUGUCAGCAGGACUUCGAUUCGCUGGCAGACCUGACCGAACACAGGGCACACAACUGUCCUGGAGAUGGCGAUGACGACCCACAACUCUCCUGGGUGGCUUCAUCUCCCUCCAGCAAAGACGUUGCAUCACCCACUCAGAUGAUAGGAGAUGGGUGUGAUCUCGGCAUCGGGGAGGAGGAAGGGGGGACCGGCCUGCCGUAUCCCUGUCAGUUUUGCGAUAAGUCCUUCAUUCGCCUGAGCUACCUUAAAAGGCACGAGCAGAUCCACAGCGACAAGCUACCUUUCAAAUGCACCUACUGCAGCCGGCUUUUCAAGCACAAGAGGAGCAGGGACCGGCACAUCAAGCUGCACACAGGGGACAAGAAGUACCACUGCCACGAGUGCGAAGCGGCCUUCUCUCGCAGCGACCACCUCAAGAUCCACUUGAAGACACACAGCUCCAGCAAGCCCUUCAAGUGCACGGUCUGCAAGCGGGGCUUCUCCUCCACCAGCUCCCUGCAGAGCCACAUGCAGGCCCACAAGAAGAACAAGGAGCACCUGGCUAAGAGCGAGAAGGACGGCAAGAAGGACGACUUCAUGUGCGACUACUGCGAGGAGACCUUCAGCCAGACCGAGGAGCUGGAGAAGCACGUCAUGACGCGCCACCCGCAGCUCUCCGAGAAGGCCGACCUGCAGUGCAUCCAUUGCCCUGAGGUGUUUGCCGACGAGAACUCCCUGCUAUCCCACAUCCACCAAGCCCACGCCAACAAGAAACACAAGUGCCCCAUGUGCCCAGAGCAGUUCUCUUCGGUGGAGGAGGUCUAUUGCCACUUGGAUAGCCACCGGCAGCCUGAUUCCAGCAACCACAGCAUCAGCCCCGACCCUGUCUUGGGCAGCGUGGCCUCCAUGAGCAGCGCCACGCCGGAUUCCAGCGCUUCGGUGGAGCGGGGCUCCACUCCCGACUCGACUCUGAAACCCUUGAGAGGGCAAAAGAAGAUGAGGUCCCUGGAGAGAGAAGAGGGUCAGUCCUGGUCGAAAGUCUCCUACAGCUGCCCGUACUGCACCAAGCGCGAUUUCAAUAGCCUCGCUGUUUUGGAGAUCCACCUGAAAACCAUCCAUGUGGACAAACCUCAGCAAAGCCACACGUGCCAGAUUUGCCUUGAAUCCAUGCCCACGUUGUAUAACCUGAACGAACACGUGAGGAAGGUGCAUAAAAACCACGCAUAUCCCAUGAUGCAGUUCAGCAACAUUUCGGCCUUCCACUGCAACUAUUGUCCAGAGAUGUUUGCGGACAUCAACAGCCUGCAGGAACACAUCCGUAUCGCUCACUGCGGGCCAGGAGCCACAACUCAAGACGGCAACAAUGCCUUCUUUUGCAACCAGUGCUCCAUGGGCUUUCUGACCGAAGCCUCUCUGACUGAGCACAUCCAGCAAACACACUGCAACAUAGGAAACUCCAAAUUGGAUUCCCCUGUUGUUCAGCCAUCACAGUCUUUUAUGGAGGUAUAUUCCUGCCCGUAUUGCACAAACUCGCCCAUUUUUGGCUCUAUUCUCAAGCUAACGAAACACAUCAAAGAAAACCAUAAGAACAUUCCACUGGCACACAACAAAAAGUCCAAAGGUGAGCAGAGUCCAGUUUCUUCUGAUGUUGAAGUGUCUUCCCCCAAAAGGCAGCGGCUUUCUGCCAGCGUCAAUUCAGUUUCGAACGGCGAGUACCCGUGUAACCAGUGCGAACUGAAGUUCUCCAGCUUUGAAAGCUUCCAGACUCAUUUGAAGUUGCAUUUGGAGUUGUUAUUAAGGAAGCAGUCGUGCCCUCAGUGCAAAGAAGACUUUGAUUCCCAGGAAUCUCUCCUGCAGCACCUCACUGUCCACUACAUGACAACCUCAACUCAUUAUGUCUGCGAGAGCUGCGACAAGCAGUUUUCAUCGGUGGACGAUCUGCAGAAACAUUUGCUGGAUAUGCAUACUUUUGUGUUGUAUCACUGCACCCUUUGCCAAGAGGUUUUUGACUCCAAGGUAUCUAUCCAAGUGCACCUGGCAGUGAAGCACAGCAAUGAGAAAAAGAUGUAUCGGUGUACAGCCUGCAACUGGGAUUUUCGGAAGGAGGUGGACCUCCAGAUCCACGUGAAGCACAGUCACCUGGGCAACCCUGCAAAGUCUCACAAGUGCAUCUUCUGUGGAGAGACGUUUAGCACCGAAGUGGAGCUGCAGUGCCACAUCACGACCCACAGCAAAAAGUACAACUGCAAGUUCUGCAGCAAAGCCUUCCACGCCAUCAUCUUGCUUGAAAAACAUUUGCGGGAGAAGCACUGUGUCUUUGAUGCCAGUGCUGAGAAUGGAACAGCCAAUGGCACCGUGCCGGCUAGCAAGAAGGCAGAAUCUGCCGAUAUCCAGAACAUGUUGAUGAAAAAUCCAGACACUUCAAACAGCCACGAAGCUAGCGAGGAUGACGUGGAUGCUUCGGAGCCCAUGUACGGCUGCGAUAUCUGUGGGGCGGCUUAUACGAUGGAGGUGCUUUUGCAGAACCACCGUCUGAGGGACCAUAACAUCAGGCCAGGGGAGGACGACUGUUCCAGGAAGAAAGCAGAGUUCAUCAAAGGGAGCCACAAGUGCAACAUCUGCUCAAGGACCUUUUUCUCGGAGAACGGCCUCCGGGAGCACAUGCAGACCCACCGAGGCCCAGCAAAGCAUUACAUGUGCCCCAUUUGCGGGGAACGCUUCCCGUCCCUCCUGACCCUGACGGAGCAUAAAGUCACUCACAGCAAGAGCUUGGAUACAGGGACGUGCCGGAUCUGCAAAAUGCCCCUGCAGAGCGAAGAGGAGUUCAUUGAGCACUGCCAGAUGCACCCCGACCUCAGAAACUCCCUCACCGGAUUCCGCUGUGUUGUCUGCAUGCAGACGGUCACCUCGACUCUCGAGCUGAAAAUCCACGGAACAUUCCAUAUGCAAAAAUUGGCAGGGAACUCUGCGGCGUCUUCUCCCAACGGCCAGGCCUUGCAGAAAUUCUACAAGUGUGCUCUUUGCUUGAAGGACUUCAGGAACAAGCAAGACUUGGUGAAGCUGGAUGUUAAUGGUCUGCCGUAUGGCCUGUGUGCUGGGUGCAUGACCAGGAGCACCAAUGGACAGUCCAUGGGCAUGACCCCACCAGAAGUUAGCGAAAGACCUUGUGGUAGCCUGAGGUGCCCGGAGUGUAGUGUCAAAUUUGAAAGUGCCGAAGACUUAGAAAGCCACCUUCAGUUGGACCACCGAGACCUGACGCCUGAGACCAGUGGCCAGAAGAAGGGUACCCAGACAUCCCCUGUUCCCAGAAAAAAGACCUAUCAGUGCAUCAAGUGUCAGAUGACCUUUGAGAAUGAAAGAGAGAUACAGAUCCAUGUUGCAAAUCAUAUGAUUGGUGCAGCCCCAGCCCCAAAUGGUGAGGCCUUGCAUUCUUUUCCAGCUCCUGGAUUACUGGAGAGGAGGAUUAUGAAAAAUGCUAUUACAGAGGAAGGCAUCAAUCAUGAGUGCAAGCUGUGUAACCAGAUGUUUGACUCUCCGGCAAAGCUCCUGUGUCACCUGAUUGAGCACAGCUUCGAGGGGAUGGGAGGCACAUUCAAAUGCCCUGUUUGUUUUACAGUUUUUGUACAGGCAAAUAAAUUGCAGCAACAUAUCUUUGCUGUCCACGGGCAAGAGGAUAAAAUUUACGAUUGCUCCCAGUGUCCACAGAAGUUCUUCUUUCAGACCGAGCUUCAGAACCACACGUUGAGCCAGCACGCUCAGUGAGCCCCUGGCACUACAGGACACCUCUCUGCAGAAGACUUGACGGAAGCUCAGUGGGGAGGACCAUUUGAACAUUACAUCCAAUCAAAGUGUCAUUUGCAACCCAGAUGUAAAACUCUAAUGAUUUGGCCAUGAGGCGCUGCUAUUAUAAGCAGCUGGAAAUGAAUAUUAAUGGAAGAGAUUAAAAGUAUUCCAUGCGCAGUAUUUUUUAUUGUCCUGCUUGAGCUUAGUGUACUUUAAAGCUUCUGCUUCUGACUGAAUUUAUAGUUGCUAGAUAGGAAUCUGCUUUGAUGCUCUUGCCCUUUGUUGCUUCUUGUAUUAUACGGAUAGUCCAAGAUUUUAGGAGUGGUUUUUUUUCCCCUCUUCCCCUUUCCUUUAGUUUUUUCUCCCCCGUUUAACUGCUUUUUAAUUGCGAUUUUAGGUAAUUGUGCGUCGUGAUGUGAUGGCUUGGCUAUUGUCUGAAUAUUUUUUUUACACUUUUUUGGGUUUAUUUUUUUUUUAACAAUUGAAGACUAAUGCUUUGAUUGGAUUUGCCAGUUCACCGGACAGUGAUUAAAAAAAAAAACCCUAUGUAAUGAAUAUCAUCGGUUUCAGUGCAACUGGAUGGUCUGCUUUAUAAAUGUGACUUAAUCUGAUUGCAUUUAACUAAUACAGUUCAAUAAAGGGAAUACAUUGGA